UUAUCGUCUGCAAAAGAAACAUCCUGAAAUGCCGAGAAAAAAUAAAGAAAACGCUCCACCAUCAGCACAGAAAGCAGAAGAGAUGGAUGAUUUCCAUGCUGGUUCAUCUCAAAGUAGUGACCAGGGUAACAGCCCUUUAAGAGCUGGGGAAACUCCAAUGGUACCUCAAAAGGGCAAAAAGAGGGUCGCUGAGAAUGAUGAAGAGCCAGAAGAUUUUGGACAAGGAAUACAAAAGAUGCUGGAAUGCUUUGGAACUGAUUAUAUCAAGAACUCGUUGAUGAACAAGAAAAAGAGACUUGAACAGCUGACACAAGGCGCUCUAAGAGCAAGCAGUAAGACCGUGGAUGACAUAUGGAGAGUCCAAACUGGGGAAAGACACCGUCUCCAGGAUGAGUUUUACAAGCAAGCAAAUGCCGUGUUCCUGCAGUGGGAGUCUGAUCUGGAGAAGACUAAGGACCAAGAAGUCAAGCUUACUGUGAUGUUUAAUCAGCAGCAAAAGUUGUUUGAACAAACCAGGGCUGUGCAAAGUCAACGACUGAAAACUAUUAAACAGCUGCAUUCCCAGUAUGCAAAGGGUUUAGAAGAACUAGAGAAGAGCCAUCAGCAACAAGCAAGCAACGCACAGGUAGAACUUCGAAAAGAAAUGAGCAUGCUUCAGAAGAAGAUUCUCAUGGAUACUCAACAGCAAGAGAUGAACAAUGUCAAGAAAUCUCUGCAGAGCAUGCUGUUUUAAGAAUCACAAUACUGAUGGUCUUUGUUGCAUUUUGUUUUAAGUCAUGAAACAUUGGCGUUGAGUAUAUUCCAUACUAAACUGGGGAAUCAUGUAAUAUGUGUAUAACUUGUUGAACCCAUGUAUUUGUCAUGGUAUUGUGUAUUUAUUUAAAUGUUUUGGUUGUGUAUUGAUGUUAAAUUUUUGUUCUUAUAAUUGUUUACUGUUUAAAUUAAUUUCAACAGUAUUCCGUUUCGUAGUUGCUGAUAUCUGCCAAGCGUACGAAUAUUAAUAUAUUUUAUACAAACUAAAAUAAACAUGUCCAAAAUGUG